AAGGACUCAACAGGAAAAUAGAUUCUCCCUGCCGAGUUAAUGACAAAGUUAACGAAAAUGUCGCGUUAGGUAGUCUUUGGUUAGUGUUGUGGCCGUGAAUGAGAGAUGUCCUCAUUAGCUGCAGUGGCAGAGCAGCUUUUCCAAGAUAUUCAGAAAACGUUCCACGAAACGUCUCUAAUUCCUGAUGAUCUGCUUAUUGCCCUGAGGUUCGUGUUUGGGUCGUGUGCACUGCAGGCCCUGGACCUGGUGGACCAGCGCUCUGUAACCUGUGUCUCAUCUCCCAGUGGAAGAAAAGCCUUCCAGGUGCUGGGGGGAUCAGGGAAGCUGUACACCUGCUUCAUCUCCUGUCACUUCUGUCCCUGUCCGGCCUUCGCCUACACAGUGCUCAGGAGGAAUGAGAGCCUGCUGUGUAAGCACAUUCUGGCAGCCUACCUGAGCCAGGCCAUGGGAGUGUCCCGGCUGGAGGUCUUGUCUGACCAACAGAUGUCCCUCAUCCUGUCUGGGGGAGCUGGCCCAGAACCCUAGUCCUCCAAACUGCUGCUGUAAUGCAGGACUGACCUACCACACAUGCAGGACUGACCCAUCACACAUGCAGGACUGACCUACCACACAUGCAGGACUGACCUACCACACAUGCAGGACUGACCCAUCACACAUGCAGGACUGACCUACCACACAUGCAGGACUGACCUACCACACAUGCAGGACUGACCCAUCACACAUGCAGGACUGACCUACCACACAUGCAGGACUGACCUACCACACAUGCAGGACUGACCCAUCACACAUGCAGGACUGACCCAUCACACAUGCAGGACUGACCUACCACACAUGCAGGACUGACCUACCACACAUGCAGGACUGACAAUGGAUGGCGGACGUGAUGGCCCCCUCUCCUCGGGCUUGUGUGAAGACGUCAGAGAACGAUGGGAACGCUGCUGCUGGGGUUGUACGGUUCUGAACUUGUCUCUCAGACUCUUGCAGAUGUGUUGUUCCGAGUGUUAUGUUCUUGGUCAUUGGCCAAAGAAUGUACGUACAUCUGUUUCACCGAGUGUGUUACGCUAUUGCGUUUCCUCUCAUCUGAACUCAAGUCUGUCACUUUGUUUAUAGGG